AUGUCUCGACCUCUCCUCGUCGGCAUAUCUGGACCCUCUUCCUCGGGCAAAACAACCCUCUCCCGGCUCCUGCGCGACAUAUUCCCCCCCUCCAAACUCUUCAUCCUUCACCUAGAUGACUUCUACAAGACCGACGCCGACAUUCCCGUCAAAAAUGGUGUCCAGGACUGGGACUGCAUAGAAUCAAUCAAUCUCCCGCAGCUCAAGUCCGCCCUGCAGCAUAUCAAAGAGCGGGGCAAGAGCCCAGAAUGGCUCGUGAGCCGAGAGGACCAAAAUAGCGUGGGCGAGCACUACGUUCCGGAAGCUGAGAUCCAGAGACUGAGGGAUGAGGAUAUGAAGGAUAUUCGCGAGCUGUUUGAUGUUAAACUCUUCCUACGCACCAGUUACGAGACAGCAAAGCGGAGACGAGAGGCAAGAAGCGGCUACGUGACGUUAGAAGGCUUCUGGCAAGACCCUCCAGGCUACGUAGAUAAUAUUGUGUGGCCAAACUAUGUCCAGGAUCAUAGGUUUUUGUUCAAACAUGGCGACGUGGACGGCGAGUUGGAUCCAAAUGUCUGUCAAAACGUGGGUAUACAUGGUAUGCCAAAGGAGGCAGAGGGCGACAUGACGAGGUGCCUGAACUGGGCAGCUGGUGUAUUGGAAAGCGUUAUCAAAGGCUCACGAUAG